UGGCUCCCAACUCAGUAUCAUCGCAGCGCAGUCAGUGAUUUCGGAGCCAAAAUGGCGCACGUCCCUCUUAAUCAGCGAUUUGCUCAGCUGUGGGAUCCCUGCAGUGGCGGUUUCCGUCGUAAUCGCAACUGGGUUACGUAAUGUCCCACGUUGGGCAGUGUUUAUGUUGUGGGUGAAAGUCGACGCGAGCCUCAACACGCAGGAGAAGCCUCUGCAACACAAAAUAGCGGACAAAAAAAUCACAGAGCCAGAGCCGAGGUACUGGUCAGGCUGCAUGUGGAUGUGUCGGUCAUUUUAGGAAAAGCAUGACCUCAUCGUUUGUGCAGACGGAGAGGGAGAAAUCCGAGCAGGGCGCGCUGCGUGCGUGAGCUCGAUCGCGCACUUCAAGAACGCAGAGAGGAGAGCGGAGACGCAGGGUGGGAUGGUCCGAGUCAACCAACUCUACUGAAGUUGGUUCGGAAGCUUCAUCGCCUCUUCCCCGCGAAGAUCUGAAGGUCACAUUUAUUCGCCAUAUGCGGCUGUAUCAGCGCUCUUCUGCAGCCAAAAAAGAUGACAGUGCUGAAAGAAAUCCCGGAGAAAUGGUUUCCAGUGGUUCUCCUCCCCACUCAGAAAAAGAAAAACGCAGGACUUGGGGGAGGAAAAUCGAAAAAGAAGCGGACAGAGGAGGAGAGAAAGGUCAAAGCCAAUGACAGAGAACACAAUGAAAAGUUUCAGUAUGCGAGUAACUGCAUCAUGACAUCAAAGUACAACAUCCUCACCUUCUUGCCUGUCAACUUGUUUGAGCAGUUCCAGGAAGUAGCCAACACUUACUUCCUUUUCCUGCUCAUUCUGCAGUUGAUACCUCAGAUCUCCUCCCUCUCCUGGUUCACUACCAUUGUGCCUUUGGCUCUGGUGCUGAGCAUCACUGCAGUGAAGGAUGCCACAGAUGACUAUUUUCGCCACAAGAGCGACAACCAAGUGAACAAUCGUCAGUCUCAGGUCCUCAUCCGAGGCUCGCUGCAGAAUGAAAAGUGGAUGAACGUUAAAGUGGGGGACAUCAUUAAACUAGAAAACAACCAGUUUGUGGCAGCCGACCUGCUACUGUUAUCGAGCACUGAACCUCACGGCCUGUGUUACAUCGAGACGGCCGAGCUUGACGGAGAGACCAAUAUGAAGGUGCGUCAGUCGGUGUCAGUGACGGCUGAGCUCGGUGAUCCGAACAACUUGGCGUUGUUUGACGGUGAAGUGGUGUGUGAGCCUCCCAACAACAAGCUGGAUCGCUUCUGUGGGACUCUGUACUGGCGAGACAAGAAAUACCCGCUGACCAACCAGAACAUGCUGCUGCGAGGCUGUGUCCUCCGCAACACCGAGGCCUGCUACGGCCUGGUCAUCUUUGCAGGUCCAGAUACCAAGCUAAUGCAGAACAGCGGUCGCACCAAGUUUAAACGUACGAGCAUUGAUCGUUUGAUGAACACUCUGGUCCUCUGGAUCUUUGGUUUCCUGGUGUGUAUGGGUCUGAUCCUGGCUGUGGGCAACGCUGUGUGGGAGAGAGAGGUGGGCUCCUUGUUUCAGAGCUACCUGCCCUGGGACCCUCCUGUGGACAACUUUAUGUUCUCUGCCUUCCUGUCCUUCUGGUCCUACGUCAUCAUUCUUAACACAGUCGUGCCUAUUUCUCUAUACGUCAGUGUGGAGGUGAUCAGGCUGGGUCACAGCUACUUCAUUAACUGGGACCGGCAGAUGUUUUGCUCAAGGUGUAACACAGCGGCUGAGGCCAGGACCACCACUCUCAAUGAGGAGCUGGGUCAGGUUGAAUACAUCUUCAGUGAUAAAACUGGAACUCUAACUCAGAACAUUAUGAGCUUUAAUAAGUGCUCCAUCAAUGGUCACACUUUUGGUGAAGUCAUGAAUACGCUGGGAAAACAGCCAAAGAGGCUAGAUUUCACUCCUUUCAACCCGCUGGCAGAUCCAGAUUUCUGUUUCUACGACGAAAAGCUGCUGGAAUCGGUGAAAGUGGGAGACUUGCACACGCAUGAGUUUUUCCGUCUGCUUUCUCUCUGUCACACCGUUAUGAGUGAGGAGAAGAGCGAGGGAGAGCUGGUCUAUAAGGCUCAGUCUCCAGACGAGGGCGCUCUGGUGACAGCCGCUCGAAACUUUGGAUUUGUGUUUCGCUCUCGAACGCCUGGGACAAUUACUACAACCGAGAUGGGUAGAACUGUCACCUACUCGCUGCUCGCCAUACUGGACUUCAACAACAUCCGCAAGAGGAUGUCUGUUAUAGUGCGUAACCCAGAAGGCAGGAUCCGUCUGUACUGCAAAGGUGCUGACACGGUACUUUUAGAGAGACUCCACCCUUGCAACCAGGAACUGAUGACCAUCACCUCAGACCACCUUAAUGAGUAUGCAGCUGAUGGGCUACGGACUCUAGCCCUGGCCUACAGGGACCUUUCUGAGCACGAGUGGGAGGCCUGGUCAGAGAGCCAACGCUGCGCAGAUAAGGCCACUGACUGCAGGGAGGACAGGCUGGCUGCAGCCUAUGACAAGAUAGAACAAGAUAUGAUUCUCCUAGGUGCCACAGCUAUUGAGGACAAGCUGCAGGAAGGGGUUCCAGAGACCAUUGCUCUCCUCUCUCUGGCCAACGUUAAGAUCUGGGUUCUGACUGGAGACAAGCAGGAGACAGCAGUCAACAUUGGCUACUCGUGUAAAAUGCUGACAGAUGAGAUGACUGAGGUGUUCAUCAUCAGUGGACACACUGUUCAGAGUGUACGGCAAGAACUCAGAAGGGCAAGGGAGAGGAUGAUUGAGCUGUCCCGUGCUAAAGAUGGAGGAAAGGAUGGAGGGAUGGAGGGCUGGGCCGAGGCAAGUUUCACACGUAACGGGUUGAAAGAUGGACAAGAAGGAGACGGUACAACAGGAGGAGGGUCGAAACAGCCGCAUUGCUCCUCUUUCCCCUCAUCUCCCUCUAGCGACAUGGACAACAUCUCUGGGGAGUUUGCCCUCAUUAUCAGCGGCCAUAGUUUGGCACAUGCGCUUGAGGCAGACAUGGAAGCUGAGUUUGUGUCGACAGCGUGUGCGUGCAAAGCAGUUAUCUGCUGCAGAGUCACUCCGCUGCAGAAAGCUCAGGUGGUGGAGCUCAUCAAGAAACAUAAGAAGGCCGUCACUCUGGCUAUAGGAGACGGCGCCAACGACGUCAGCAUGAUCAAAAGUGCUCAUAUUGGAGUUGGUAUCUCCGGUCAGGAGGGAAUCCAGGCCGUGCUUGCCAGCGACUACUCUUUCGCCCAGUUCCGCUUCCUCCAGCGUCUCCUGCUGGUCCACGGCCGCUGGUCCUACCUGCGCAUGUGCCGCUUCCUCUGCUACUUCUUCUACAAGAACUUCGCCUUCACCAUGGUGCACUUCUGGUUCGGCUUCUUCUGUGGCUUCUCUGCCCAGACGGUGUAUGAUCAGUACUUCAUCACACUCUACAACAUUGUGUACACCUCCCUCCCUGUGCUGGCCAUGGGGGUUUUUGACCAGGAUGUUCCAGAUCACAGAAGUCUGGAGUAUCCAAAGUUGUAUGAGCCCGGGCAACUCAACCUCCUCUUCAACAAGAAGGAGUUUUUCAUCUGCAUCGCCCAGGGCAUCUACACCUCAGUGGUGCUUUUCUUUGUGCCCUACGCCGUGCUGUCCAACGCCACUCAGAUUAACGGCGUGCCCCUCGCCGACUACCAGACGUUUGCAGUCACCACAGCGACAGCCCUUGUUAUAGUUGUCAGUGUACAGAUCGCUCUAGAUACCGGCUUCUGGACAGUCUUUAACCACAUGUUCGUUUGGGGCUCUGUGGGCUCCUAUUUCACCAUCAUGUUUGCGCUGCACAGUCAGACCCUCUUCAGGAUCUUUCCCAAUCAGUUCCGCUUCGUAGGUAGUGCCCACAACACACUAUUGCAGCCAGUUGUGUGGUUAACUAUUGCACUAGCGACAGCAAUAUGCGUAGUUCCAGUUUUGGCAUUCCGCUUCCUCAAGCUGGAUCUCAAGCCUCAGCUCUCAGACACGGUGCGUUACACUCAACUGGUGAGGCAGAAGAGGCGGAAACCAGCAGGCCGCACCAUCGGAGGGGCUUGGCGCGGCACAGGCAGUGUUUCUGAGGGACGUCUCGGCGCCCGAGGUGGUUCCAGGAGGUCAGGCUACGCCUUCUCCCAUCAGGAAGGCUUUGGCGAGUUGAUCACCUCGGGAAAAAACAUGAGACUCUCCUCCUUGGCGCUAGCAAACUUUGCUUCCAAACACAGCUCUAACUGGAUCGAAACGCUUCGAAGGAAGAAAAACACUCACACUCCCCCAAGCACAUCUGGGGAGUGCAGCCCAGCGCCCGGUAACAUGUCCGGGAUGGGUCCGGCUCUAUCAAACUCUUCUUCUGUUCUGGGUGGCUCCCAAGACACACCAAUCGAGGAGGAAACCGACACGGGAAUUAGAUUGUCUUCAUCGUCACAUCCAGCAGCCUUAGAACCAGCCGAACCUGGGGCCUCUGCUCAGGUCGCUAAUCCUGACAGCUCAGCAUCCGCUGCAGCCAGGACAGACUCACCUGGAGGCUGGGCACGCUCUCUGGAGACUGUGCAGGAAGCUCUGUUUGGUCGAAGGGGCUUUGCCAGUGCCUCCUGCAGCCAGAGCCCUCCAUGUAAUGCCAGAGAAACCCCCACAUUGAGUAAAGCUCAUGCAUGAGAUUGCAUUCUCCUCACAGACUGCAUGGAGUGUUUUUCUAAAUCCCUGCAAAGACAGAUUGUCAUAAAAACAUAACCAACAUGGAGCUCUUGUCUCAAAUUAUCCUACACGAGGAAGUGGCUAACUCUAUUGGCCUUGACCUUCCCGUCAGCGAUUCUGUGAUAUUAGAAUGAUAUCUAAAGUGUUUAAGAGUUGCAGCAGAUUUUAAAACUGAUGGCAAGACACCUAGCUAUUAAUCACGUUUCUCCUACAUACUUCACAUGCCCUGCCUUUAAAAGGAGUCGGUGAAUUAGUGAGAGGGAGAUGAGGUACUGGCGUUGCUAUCUGUAAAAGCUUUGUCUGUUGAAAACUCUGUUUAUUAAAGUUCUCAGUGAGAACGCUAUUUAAUUUAAACACAAGUCUGUUGCAACAUUUGUAUUAUUUUAUCAUACUGAUCUGCUUUUCUGUACCUAUUUUUUGCAUCAUAUUGAUGUGUUUUUAAAGGCCUGGUUGAGUUGCACCUCCAGUGAAGCAUUUAGUGCUUUGAUUUUAACAUUAGGCCUUGGUUUUGACAAAGGCUCAUUUUUUAUGUAUCUCUUAAUAAGCUAAAUGAAAAGGCAAACUCAUGACUGUUUCUGGGCAGAGUGCAAAAAUAGUUUUGUGAAGACAUAAGAAAAGCUGAAGCUGAUUUUAAAAAUCCUAUUUUUGUUGUAAACACACAAUCCUGUGAUUUUUUUUGUUUGUUUUUACUUGUAAAUAAAAAUGGAAAAUAAAAUGCCAAAUUCUGACCUGU